UAUAUUGCAGUUUCUCUCUCUCUCUGUGUGUCUUGGCAGUAACCGCACUGUUCGUCGCAUCUUGACUGCUUGUCUGCUCUCGUUUCUGGCUCUGCUCGGCUCAGUCUCCGUCGACCUCAGCUCCAACUUGGACCUGCUGCGCGCCACAGAGGCCGCUGUCACCGAGCUGACUUCAUGCAGGACUACUGCUAUUCUCCAACUCAUAGGGGAACUCCAAAACAGCAGAAGUCUAUGCAGAAAGUACAGGAGUAACGAGACACACCAAGAAAAGUGUACAAGUCCACUGACUAGCAUUUUACCAGUGAUUAUUAGACUUUGCACUGAUAUGGAGGGCCACAGAAACAAUCAGGGUCACCCAUGCAGCGAGGAGUUGGUGGAAUUCUCCCAGAAACUUAGGGAAAAUUUGACAGAAUUUCUGAACACAACAUGGGGAGUUGAGGACAACAAUGACAUGUCCGUGUUCUCUUUGACCAUUGUCAGACUCCUGGACAUUUGGGGGGACAUGGAACAGGACAUUAGUCAGGUCAAGCAGUUUUCAGACUGGAAAGAUGUCCUCUCACUGAGAUUGAUGGUCACAUUCCUGGAACUCAACCACCAGUUCAGUGAACUCCCUUCCGUAGGAACCCAAGCUGACUUUCACAAGAAGUGGAUCCACGCCCUCAGCCGUCUAGCCUUUGCCCAGCUCUUGUCAGAAAUGCUAGAGGACUGCUGGGUGGAGAACGUUCACCUAAAGCUCAACCUGACCAACAGCCUCAAAGUCGACCCAUACAUCUUUGACUCCACCCCCUGGCAGAUCCCAGCGGUUGACACGGUGGGAACAGAUGGCAUCCUCACAGGCUCUCAGACUGGCAUCCAGGCUCUGAGGGAUACCCAGGCGUGCCUGCUGGCUGGGGCGUUGCCAGCUCUGAAGCUCCGAUCCAGGGCCAUGUUCUCAGGGCUCAGCAUGCGGAUCUCCCUGUUGACAUUGGCCUGCCUGAUCUAUCCGCUGGUGCUGGUGUCCUUCAAGCAGAUGACAGAGUGGAUCCAGAACUAUGCAUGCAGCCUGCAGGAUAGGACAGAGGACCUAAAGCGCCAGAGACAGCUGGCCGAGGACCUCCUGCACCAGAUGCUGCCCAAGACCGUAGCCAAGCAGCUGAGACAGCAGAAGCACGUGGAGGCGGAGAGCUAUGAGAAGGUGACUAUUUUCUUUUCUGAUAUCGUUGGUUUCACCACUAUCUCGGCCUCCUGCACCCCUCUGCAAGUCGUGGAGAUGCUGAACAACCUGUACAUGUGCUUCGACACUCGCAUCGACUCCUAUGAUGUCUACAAGGUGGAGACGAUAGGUGAUGCCUACAUGGUGGUGAGUGGGCUGCCUGAAAGGAAUGGGGACAAGCACGCUGAUGAGAUCGCCAAGAUGUCGCUGGACCUGGUGGCAGCAGUUCGACAGGUGGCAAUCCCCCACAUGCCCAACAAGAGACUGCAGCUUCGCGCAGGCAUACACACAGGUCCAUGUGUGGCAGGUAUUGUCGGCUACAAGAUGCCCAGGUACUGCCUGUUUGGAGAUACUGUCAACACAGCCUCUAGAAUGGAGUCCACCAGCCUGCCUCAGAGGAUCCACGCCAGCUCAGCCGUAUACCUGGCUCUGAUGAAGGACGGUGCCUACGAGCUCCAGCUGAGAGGAGAGAUCGAGGUGAAGGGUAAAGGGAAAAUGAACACAUAUUGGCUGAUCGGACACAAGAACUACAGUGUUCAGAACGACAGUCUUGUGUGCCACUGGAACCCCAAUCUAGCCAGAAAAAAGAAGACAUUGGUGGGGAGCGACAUUUCUAUGGCGAACUCCUGUGUGACAGUGCAGAGCAUCAGUGAGAAUGCUACCACUCCCGUGCCUCAGGGCUCCAAGGCCCAGCAGGGGGCCCUGUGUGUGUCCGUGUCAGCCCAGGUGGAGCCCUGUGCCAGCAGCUUCGGCACCCUGGGAUCCAUGAUCGGGGGCCUCCAGGGACUAGAGAGCCCCAGGGAGGGGAAAGCCUGUGGGGGGACGGGAGGAGACAAACCGGAUCUGCUGCCUGGAUCUGGAACCAUCCCUCAUAUGUGAUGGAGGGCUGGGAUGGUAGGAUGGACUGGGACAAGAAACUUCUCUAAAACUAUAUUGCUAUGGUUUUUUCCUCUGGCUGUUUGAGUGGAGAUUCAGUUGAUUUUAAUGAUGAUGUAAAUACAGUAUAUUUAGGGAUGUGUGAAAGAACCGCAAUGAAUAAAAGAAAGACUGUUACUCUGAUAUCUGGUGUGGGUGUGUGUGCGGGUGUGUGUGUGUGUGUUUUUAUAUACAGAGUAAACGUUUUUGUAUCAACCUUGGACAGAUUGUGUUGUCAUUGUCCAUCUUUUUAUUAAGAUCAAACCGUGUGGAUGAAUAAA